CGGUCGGCGGCCGGACGGUGCGGGCUGUCACCUCGCUGAGGGCAGGGUGCUGGAGCAGGGCCCGCGGGCGUAGACUGCAGGCCCCGCAGGUGGAGGGACACCGACCAGCGCCGGAAAUCAAGGAUUGAUAUGGCAUUGCUGGGAUAAGCACUACCUGUUGUCUUCACAAAGAUCUCACUCAGAAUAAGAUCUCACAAAGAAUAAGCUCAAAGGAACAUUUAUCUCACCAUACCUCUGUUAGCUAGCAAAUGUUUUCAGUGACCAGGAAAACAUCAGUCACCGUUGUGCUGAGCCUACUAUAGGCAGAUGAAUGAAGGUUCCUUUCAGCUCUUUCCUUAAUUCUAUUACUGAAGCACCACUCUUCGUUGGAUGAAUGUUCAUGAAGCCAUUUUCUGAACCAGCUUAGGAGGCUGCCGCCUAUUGGAACGUGUGACAUGGAAGCUUUGGAAGUAGAUGAUAUCAGCCCAGCCUUAGAAGUUACUGAGGAUUUCUUUAGUACUUUUGAUAGUAAGCUAGAAAAAACUGUGCAGCAGGCAGAGGUUUAUGGGAUUCAGGAAGUCCCUGAACUGGUAGGACACGAGGUACUCAGUAACAUAACGGACAAUGGUGCUAUGAGAAAAGCUGCCUCCUUGGACAAGGGGGGCAUGAUUUGGGACCACUGUAAGAGCAUGAUCUUAGAAACCAAAGCUCAAAAUGUCUUCUCUGCCAAAGAACAGUUUAUGGUCCAGAGAGGGACAGCCCCAGAUAAUCUUUCAUGGAUGGAACAAAAGGAAGCGUCAACAUUUAAUUUUUUCAAUAUCUGUCAGCGUCGAAGGGACAGACCUCGUUCUGUGAAUGACUUAUUGGAUGAGACCUCAACUUUCAAGCCAGGGCAUGCUCGAUCUAGGUCAGAUGUUACCCAAACAGACUGGCGGGUCAUCCUCAGCACCAUGCCUUUGCAGCAGCAGCAACCAUCUCUUCAAGGCUCCCACUUCAGCAGGGCAUCUUUUCUGUUGCCUUCACCAAGUAAGGAUGAAGAUGCUCAAGGAAAUAUGGAACACAAGCAAACAUUCCCAAACAUUCUGAAGAAGGGAUACCUGGAAAUUAGGAAGAACCAUGACAGUUACUGGCAAAGCUGUUACGCAGAACUCUCACCCUACAAUUUAUACUUCUACAGCCUCGACAGCAGUGGAAAUCAAAACCUGUAUGCCACGUAUCAGCUUUCACACUUCCAGAGUAUAUCUGUUUUGGGCAAUCUUGAAGCCACAGUGGUGGAUACCGUUCUCUGUGAUAACACUCAGUUACAGAUAAAGGCAGAGUCACCAUGGGAGGCUUUGGACUGGGGGCAGAAGCUUUGGGAAGUCGUGCAUGCCACUGUGCCUGGUUACAUGGCACGACAGGAUGAAUUGGCAAAUUCACCAGGGCUUCGUCAUCAUGUUGAUUGUACCCAGAACCAUUGUUUACAGAAAAAAUCCAGUGGACUGCUGCCACCAUCCCCUGUCUUAGAUAGCCCCAAACAAUACCAAAACAUCAUCAAAUCAGGAACACUCUAUAGACUAACUGUCCAAAACAACUGGAAGGCAUUUACAUUUGUGCUGAGCAAGGCCUGUCUUAUGGCUUUUCACCCUGGCAAGCUAGAUGAUGACCCACUCUUGAGCUACAACAUAGAUGUGUGCCUGGCAGUCCAGAUAGACAAUCUAGAUGGCUGUGAUUCUUGCUUUCAGGUUAUUUUCCCCCAAGAUGUCCUCCGCCUCCGAGCUGAGACCCGGCAGAGGGCUCAGGAAUGGAUGGAGGUUCUGAAGUCAGCUGCCAAUGCAGAAAGAAGUUCAGAGCAAAACCUGCAAGUCACACUGAGGAAUAAACCCAAGGAUCAGAUGGGCGGGCAUGAGCUCAGGAAGAACAAACGUCAGUCGGUGACCACCAGUUUCCUGAGCAUUCUGACAACUUUGUCUUUGGAACGAGGACUCACUGCUCAGAGUUUCAAAUGUGCAGGAUGUCAGCGAUCCAUCGGUCUUUCCAACGGAAAGGCCAAGGUGUGCAAUUACAGUGGGUGGUACUACUGCAGCAGCUGCCAUGUGGAUGAUAGCUUUCUCAUCCCAGCACGCAUAGUACACAACUGGGAUACUUCAAAAUAUAAGGUGUCGAAGCAGGCUAAGGAGUUUCUGGAGUACGUGUACGAAGAACCCCUGAUCGACAUCCAGCAGGAUAACCCCAUAUUGUACCUGCACGCCGAGCCGCUGGCUACUGUGCUGCGGCUUCGCCAGCGGCUCAAAUCGCUCCGCGCCUAUUUGUUCAGCUGCCGAGCAGCCGUGGCAGAGGAUCUGCGUCGUCGAAUUUUCCCCAGAGAAUACCUCCUUCAGCAGAUCCACCUGUAUUCUCUUGCUGACUUGCAACAGGUGAUAGAGGGAAAGCUGGCUCCAUUCUUGGGCAAGGUCAUUAAAUUUGCCACUGCACACGUGUACAGCUGCAGUCUUUGUAGCCAGAAGGGCUUCAUCUGCGAAAUCUGUAACAAUGGAGAGAUCCUCUACCCUUUUGAGGAUAUUUCAACGAGCAGGUGUGAAAGCUGUGGAGCUGUCUUCCAUUCUGAGUGCAAAGAGAAGUCUGUCCCCUGCCCAAGGUGUGUCCGCCGAGAGCUGCAAAAGAAGCAGAAGUCCUUCUGGCGGCGGCUGAAUGUGGACGAGAGCAUGGAGGAGGCAUGCACCAUGUUUGAGUUGUCCUACCAGAACACCUGACUGGAGGGCAUGUGGCACCCUCCCACAACAGUCUUAGCCAGACGGUUUCCCAGUGGCCACUUCCACCCCAUUAAGAAGAGUGUCUCUUCUUCAGCUAGAUGUAGAUAGAUAGGUUUAUUUAUUUAUAUAUACAUAUGCACCUAUACAUCCUGUACGUGUGUUCUGCAUAAGUUGUUGUCUUAACUGGUCCAUAGAGCCUCUGUGACUGAAAGCCUACUGAGACCUGAAUUAUACUUGACCAUGAAUUUCAGCUACCUGCUCCCAGCAAAAUGUGGUUUACACACAUUGCUUUAUAGUUCAGAACCCCCUUUUUUGGCUCAAGGGGCCGUGUUAAUAUACAUGAUAGGAGGUAUCAUUUCUGUCAGAGCAACAGAGCUUUGGGUUAUUUCUGUAUUAUUUAUUUUUAGUCUUCACAGAGGCUGAGGGAACUGAGGCAGGCACUAUCGUCAUUUGCUUCAUAAGGAAAUCUCCAGAACACAGGAAUGCUCCUGGAUCUUUCCAGGACCCUGUGUUCCUGGCAGAGAUGGGGAUUGCCGAAGCAGAGCCACCCGGCAGGAAGCCAGAAGCACAAACUCUCUCUGACAAAAAGCAUACACCCCUAACUUAGGAAGAGAGCUGGUUCUGGUUUUGAAUUUGAAGUUAAUCCCAGGAAGUGUUUUCCUGAGAAAAGAAGAGACCUCUGAAACCAGUAACUACAUAUAGCUGGUCUAUUCCACAACGCUCCCAAAGGAUGUGACUCUGCCAUAUUUGCCCAGUUGUAAAUACAGUACAGUUUUCGAAGUACAGUUUUCCAAGGGUGUCAUGGGUGACAUUUACAAUUUUUUUCAUGGUGCUGGCCUGAGAAAAUAUCCUAGGAUUGUGGUUAAAGAUAUCAGCACAUAGACUGGUAGGUAGAGACAAUCUUCAGUUUCUUUCAGAGUCCAGUGUAGACAGUUCCUACCCAGUCAUUUUAAAUGCUUUACUUCUUAUUAUUCUUUUUUUAUUAUUAUUCACUCUCAUUUUGACCUUUAAUUGAUCAGUUUUACCACUCUUGCUUUCACAUUUUUUUUUUGUUUUUUGUUUUGUUUUGGUUUUGACACAGGGUAUCUAUCCCCUAUGUACCCCAGGCUAGCCUCGAACUCAUGAUCUUCCUGCCUCAGCCUCUUGAGUGCUGGGAUUACAGGUGUGAACCACAUGUGGCUUCAUGUGUUUUUAAUUAUUUAAAAGAUUACAGUAAGGUUUUGAAAAAUGCCAACUUUAAACUAUUAAAAAUAUACCAAACUUAAAAAUAGAAUUAAUGAAUUAAAUCUCAUAUUGUUGAAAUAGAUAUACACAUAUAUAAGUGCUACCCUCCAGUAAAACAAAAAGUGCUACUAUUAAUAAUAUAAUAGGAAUAAGAAAUACAAUGAAUUGCUUUGCUGUUUGGCAGGGUAGUGUCCUCCCAUUAUAGUCCCCUUGUGAAAGCCAGUGUAGCUGCCAUCGUGACCAAGUGGCAGAUAUUCUGGCACAAGAAACUUCAAGCCCCCAUUUCUUCUUCCUUCAUAUGCUCAUAAUGAAGCAAUUCAAUUCCCAGUAGACUUCAUGAGAAUAUUCUGCAUCUUUCACACUGAGCAGAUGACUUCGAGGUUUCACUACUAUUGCGAUCUGGGGACUCAGCCCACAAAGUACAAGGUACAUCAACCCCACACCUCGCUCCCUCCAGAGGUCAGCUCAUGAUACUU